UUUAUAGUUAAUAUCAUCCAGAGUUGAUAUCAUCUUGAUUUUGGCAGGUAAAUUGGUGAGAUUGGUGAGAUCAUGCCAGUCAAUCAAUGAAAUUAGGUGAACAUCUAAUGCUCCAAUUGGUGGGCUCACCAUUCUAUUUACCUUCUGAAAACCCUACUUGUAGUCCUAACUCAUCAAGUCUUCUGCAAGUUUCUAAUUUUCAGCUCAAGACAAAGAAAAUAUAAAAAGUCUAUGUCCUAUAGUAAAUAACGAGCCAAAUUUGAAACAUGCUGAAUGAGCUUCAGAAAAUUAGAAGUCCUCCUCUGCAUAAAAUUGAUCACUAGCUUGAGGUUAGCCUGGUAUUCGUCUCAUAUACUUGGCCAGGGUAACUCAUAACAGAGAAUUAUGAAGACUCUCGUUGACCUAAUUUGAAUAACUGUGAGUACAAAAAGAAAACAUUUCUGAAAGAAACUUAUGGUAUUUAGUUUAUCCUUUUCUUAUAUCCUCGUGUUAGAGCACUUUGCCUUGCUUCUAAAUCUAUUAAACAUCUCCUCGGGUGAUCAGGGGCUUGAGAGAAGUUCACAACUAAGAAUAUUUCAAUGACUUCAAACAAGGAUAGAUCGAUCCCGAAAUGAUUAUGACUAGUUUUUCCCAGAAAUUUUGAUAAACCAAGUCUCUUACCUAUCCGUACUUGCCUGCUAACCCAUAGCAGCUCAUAACACCCUGUUAUACCUUAAUAAUCCAGUAAGAAGCUAGCAGUUCAGUUGCUUUAUGGUUGCAUAAAAGCUCAUUGUCACACCUGACUUCUUUGAAGCACCAAACCGGUCAAAUUUAUCCAGGUUAUUGCAUGCUAUAAUGUAUGCCAAAUAAGUUUCAAACCUCCCUCACCAAAAUUUCGAUGAAAAAAUUUUGCAAGACUAAUCACUUGAAGAUGAAGACUUCAAAAGACAAACAAGCUUUGAAAUGGUAUAUUAAGAAAGAAUCUCGCAGAUCCCUCUCUGAUACGUGAUAACAGGCUUACUUUGUAAAUUUAUGACAGUUUCAGAAGGUUUUAGUGACUCUUCAUGGUAAGCUCAGCUAAACAUUAGCAUUCCUAAUGAUUGAGUUUGAUAAACCUUAUGAUCGCUUCCAGAAGCUCACUCUUAUUCUAGGAAAUUCUAGAACAUUGAGAACUCCAAGACUUGUUGAAAUGUAGAGCGACAAAGCAGUGAGAUUUUUACCCGAGAUGGAAAUAUUAUUUAAAGAAGAUAAAUUAAGACUUAAUAAUAAUAAAAAUGGAUUUUUCUAACUUUGAUAACAACAACACUUACUCUUGUUUGCCAAUGUGGGGCUACCAAGGUAUCAUCCAAGGGCUCAGCUCGAUGUAUUGUGUCGAUCAACUAGAGCCUAAAGUGUUUGGAAGCCAAUAUUAUUGAUUCUGCUGUUUGCAGCAGGACAGAAUGGUGUCUUCACUUACAGAAGCAAAUAAAGAAGAAAAGAGCCAAGUGAAACAAGAUGAAGAAAACCUACUCUGUCACUCACAGACAUCUGCCUUCACUAAAGUUCAACCAAAAUCACAGACAAGUUUGUCUGAUAAAGAGACUUUGUCUCAAGGCAGUGAAGAAUACAAAACUCAAGCUUCACCACCCAAGAGGCGUAGACGUAAAACCAAGGAACUUGACAUCAGAAAGAACCUUGUUAAUCUAAGACUGAGUAUUCUGUCUGGAAAUGUGAUUGGACUCUUUCGCUCACCAAAGAAAGCUAUCGGCUACAACAAGACUACUUUCAAAAGACGCUCUAGAUACAUUGGUGUAUCAAGGAACAACGCCAACUGGCAAGCAAUGGUCAAUGUUGGGCAUGUGAAGAAGUACAUAGGCACUUAUCGAGAAGAAACUCAGGCAGCAAGGGCCUAUGACUUGUACUCAGUUGCUCUCAGAGGUGAAGACUCUACUCUUAACUUUGAUUACAGUGCUAGUGACAUGCUCGAGAGGAUUGAGUACUUCCUGGAAAACAACUCUGUUAAAUUUAAUGCUUAA